AUGAAUCAUUCAAUUCGCAAAUCGGAUGAAAUUGCUGAAUAUUUUGAUGAAGGUGAUUCUAGAGUUGAAAAAAAGAUUAUUUUAAGUGCAGAUGGAUUAGGAAGCUGCUUCUUUGGAAGAUUUAGUGUACCUACUCAUGCCCAGAGCAUGGCUGGUGCUAUUUAUGUUGACUAUGUGACUCCUGUUAAAGAAAUUGAUUCCUUAAAUAUUAAAUAUGAACAAUCAAUUAUCCCUAAUAACAGAAUUGAUUCUAACCAAAUAAAUAUUAGAAUUAGAGAUAGUAACUCAAGGCAUUGCAUUGGAAGGCAGGUAUCCACAAACAAUUCUAACUACGCAGCUAUUAUUGACAAGGGAAGCCACUAUGAACUAAAGAUUUUGGAUGGACUAUUCGUAUUUGAUCCCAGCAUUAAGGGAAAAAAUGAGAGUAACUCGGACGUUGCAGAGAAUUUAAAACGUGAUUACAUUUUUAGAGAAGCUGCAGUUACUGCUCGUAUACAAGAAUCAUCUACCAAAAUGAGAAUUAAACUUGAAAAUGACUUUGAGGAUGAUCAAACACCUGAAAGUGCAGUAAAUAAUGAAAGUACUUUUAAUAAAUCUUGUGAAAACAAUACUGCAAUGUCUUGUGCGAUAAAAAGAGGAAUUCUUGAUGAUAUUUAUGAUAAGGAUUUUGGUCUUAAACAACAAGAAAAAAAAAGAAAAAUUUCAGCAAUGCUAAACAAAGAAAACGCAGAUGAUUCACGUGUUGUUGUGUCUGCACUCUCGUUAACUACAUUAAAGAGCAGCGAUGACUGGGACUAUGAUGGGGAUGGAAAAAUGAGUGACGAUGAAGGUUAUAUAGAGAAAAAUGAAAUGGAAGAGAAGUUUGAGGGUGAUCACAAUCCAAAUUUAAUGAAUGGGAAUAUUGAUUAUUCUAAUUCCGAAGAUGAUGAAGGCCCAGAUGGGAUUCUAACGGAAUAUGGCCAAACUCUUAAGACGAUGAUAGCAAAUCAAGAAGAUAUGGAAGCUGAUGAAGAAUUAAAUUUGUAUUCUGAUGAAAUGGAUGAUGAUCUUGAAAGUAAAAGUAAUUUAAGUAGUUCUGCUCCGGCCGCAACCAGUACAGGUAUACAAUUUGAUCUGCAAAAGAAGACCAUAAAGUCUCCAACAACAAUAUCAUCUUCAAUUAAUGGCCUAUCAAGGAGUCUUGAGACAGAAGUUAUUCGUAAGCUUAGCCUUGCGGGGGGUAGGAUGCAAAUCAAACCAUUCCUCGAUGCAAUGAAGGUAAAAAAGAAGAAUAAAUAUUUUGAAGAAAUACAGGAGAUUAUUAAAAAGGUUGCGGACACUCACACUGAAUAUCAUUCAAAUACAAAAAUAAGUUACAUUACUCUUAAAAGUAAUUAUCGUCAGAGAUGA